UAUGCAGAAGGAGCUCUUGAUUCUUGGCCCUCAAAUAGAACAAAAAGCAAAGGAAAAAGAAGCCUUAAUGGAAAAACUACAGAAAGAUUCACAAGUGGUUGAAAAAGUUCAGAUGCUUGUUAAACAAGAGGAAGAAAUUAUGGCGAAAGAAGUAAGAAUUGUGGCAGGGUAUGCUCAGAUCCACCGAUGGCAUCAUCAGGGGCUCCCUCUUGGUCAGUAUUCAACAGAGAAUGCCGUCUUGGUCAAGAACAGCCUGCAGUGGCCACUGCUGAUUGACCCGCAUAAGCAAGCACACAACUGGAUCCGUCAGAUGGAAGGAUCUAGGCUCCAGGAACUCUCCGUUGAGGAUAGCAAUUACAUCCAAAACAUUGAAAAUGCUAUGAAAACAAGAGGGCGUGUCCUCUUACAGAUUUAAUAGUCCAAAUGUGACAAUAGAGCCUGGGUUUAGGCUAUGGUUAAGCUCAAAAUCAGACAG